AUGCAUUAUGGGAAGCGGGCCUUCGCGAGGCCAAACAAAAUCAGCAUGCGGACCAGAGAUCCGGAAUACCAGGACGUGAUCGGUAAUCAAGAUGACGCCUCGCCUUACGACUAUCUUAAGAUCUGCGAGAUCUACGAUUGCAAGAAAUGUAUGGGCAUCUCACGAUGA